AUGCCUCCCAAGAAGAAGGCUGGCGCGGUCACCACCAUCCACGCCGACCUCCUCGCCGCGUUCGACGAGACCAAGUCCGCCGCCUCCCUCCGACCCGACCGCCUCUCGAGCGACCUUCUCGCGCGCGCGUAUGGCCUGGCAGGGCCCAGGGACAGUCAGAAGCCGGUCAAGCAGCUGCACAAGGCGUGUCCGCCCCGCUGGACUGAGGAGGCCGAGCAGGAACGCGCGAAGAAAGAGGAGGUCAAGGAGAGUCCCGAGGUGAUUGUGCUCGAUGGGACGGACGACGAGGGCAAGAAGACGCGUGGAGGGGACAGGAAAGGGAAGGGGAAGGCCAAGGCGACCGCGGGAGAGGUCAAGGAGAAGCCUUGCUCGGCAGAGAACUGCGGUAACAACCCGCGCUGCCUCAACUGGCUCGGGCAGGACAAGUGGGAGAACUCUGACAAGGCGCUCAAGGACUUUCGCAAGGCAGCAGGACUGUCGGCGGAUCCUUCGAACGACCGCGACCCCGAGAUUCCUGUCGGCCUGAAGGACGUGCAGAACCUCGGCGCAACGUGCUACGCCAACUCGUUCCUCCAGGUCUGGUUCCGCGAUACCAAGUUCCGCGAAGGCGUCUACUCGGUCCUUCCGCCAACGACUGGUACUGUCGAGAGCUCGCCCGUCUUCCAGCUCCAGGUCCUCUUCACGUUCCUCCAGACGUCCAAGCAAGCCGUCUACGACCCCGAGCCGCUCGUCGAAUCGCUCAAGAUCAAGAAGACGGAACAGCAGGACGCACAAGAAUUCUCCAAGCUGUUCCUGAACCUCCUCGACAUGCAAUUUCAGAAGCAGGCGAAGAGGGUGCAGGCUGAGGGCGGCAGCACGAAGAUCGGUCAACUCGUUGAUGAGCAGUUCGGCGGCAGGAUCACGUACGGUACGCAGUGUUUGAGCUGCAAGAACAAGUCGGCGCAUCCCUCGACGUUCUUCGAGCUCGAGGUCAACCUCACAAAGAACUGCAAGCUCGAGGAUCGCAUCAGCGCCUCGCUCGCGUCAGAAAAGCUCGAAGGAGACAACCAGUACUUCUGCGAGAACUGCGGCAAGAAGCGAGACGCGCUGCGCUACACCGAGUUGGCCGAGCUGCCCCCCGUCCUGCACGUCUCGCUCCUCCGCUUCGUCUGGGACAUGGAGACGGGCGAGCGGAGCAAGUCGCAGCACGCCAUGACCUACCCACUGCAGAUCGACAUGGGCCAGUACCUCCCUCGCGAUGCGCACGGCAAUAAGCGCGAGGUGUGGUACGACCUCAAGGGCGUCUUGAUGCACAAGGGCGUGAGCGCGCAUCACGGGCAUUACGUUGCGCAGGUCUACGACGAGAGCCAGAGCAAGUGGUUCCUCUUUGACGACGAAGCCGUGUCCCCGAUAGACGACCUCAACAGCCCAACCACAUACGAUGAGGACGAAGCGCCCGUCUCGUCGAAGAAACGGCCGUCCAAGGGCUUCACUCGCGACGAGCGCGGCAAUAUCCUCCCAAAGUCGAAGGAUGCUUACAUGCUCGUCUACACGCGUCGGCGCGACGCUUCCGACCCUCCUGCUACCGCCGAACCUGCCCCACCUCCUCUCGCGCAGUUCACGGUCGAGAAGCUCGACAAGGCGUACCACGACGAGGUCGAGAAGUGGCUCGACAGAUCGAAGGAGGUCGAGCAGUCGUUCGAGAAGAUGCGGGACGUCAAGCGCUCCAUCUACCGCAUCUGGGACGUUGUCGAGGACGAUGAGGAGGCGUUCCUCGUCGACAAGCACGAGCUCAGGCGGUGGGUCGAAGAAGGCAUUAAGAAGCCUGGCAAAGGAAAAGGGAAGGCUGUCGAUGGGGAGGAUAAGGGUGAGGAUGUCAUGGUCGUUGAGGAGGAGGAGCGGAAGGACGCGUCUCCGAUGAUGCUGCCGGAGGACGAGGAGGGGCUAGGGAAGCAGAAGAUGGAGGACGCCGACAUGCCGGAUGUCGACAAGUCCGCCGUCCAGUCCUCCACGUCUGCGCCUCAAGAUCCGCUUCCGACGCCUCCUGCCGCCUCUACGAACGGCAAAUACGUCGAGUCGGACGAGUCGAAAACCGAGAAGGGCGACGACGAUGACUUGCCGCACCCUUCCAAACUUGCGGCACGCGCCUCUCCCGCCGAGCCGAUCAAGCUUCUCUGCAACGACGCUGUCGUCUGCGAGCACGGACUCGCCAAGCCGCAGAAGGCGGAUCAGAUGAAGCGCGUCUCUCAGUAUGCGAUUAUGGCCCUGCGCGAUAUCGGCGUGACGAUCAGCCCCGAACUCCGGACGCCCAGCAGCUUCUGCCGCGAAUGCGUUGGCGCGAUUGCCGCAGAUGUUGUCUAUGCGAAGCAGCAUCUGAAGGACGUGGACGAGAUGAGGAAGAACGAGAACGCCGACCUGGAGCAGAACAAGACGGCUUGGAUCUCGCGCGAAUGGUACAGGGACUGGAUGAAGAACAAGCCGAAGAUGCACGUCGCCGGCACGAUCGUCGACCCGUCCCCGAACGACAAGCCCUUCAUCGACGACGUCCUGUGCGAACAUGGCGGGCGGCAACCGGAUACGUCGAAGCGCAAGGAUAUCGGCAAGGAGACGAUCAAAUUCCUCCGCAAGCUGUUCGCAGGCUUCGAGCCGGUCGUUAACCCGAAGUCGUGCGAUAUCUGCGAGGGUCAGCAUGAGCAGGUCGAGCAAGAUGACCACGAGGCGCGGGCGCGCGCCAGUCUCGUCAAAAAACACAUCAAGUCGUUCGGGGAUCAGAUUCGCCUCACCGGCACGAGGUUGGCGAUUAGCUCGGACGACACGGCGCAUUUCGUCGUUCCUCGAACGUACAUCAACAAGCUCGUAAAGUGGCAGAAGUCCAAGACGCCCACGGCAGCAAGUCAGCCAGGAAACCUCGACAACUCGCACUUCCUCUGCAAGCACGGCGAUCUCUGCCUCGACCUCGACGCGGAAGUCGAGAAUCCGCGCAAGAUCGACAUUGCUACGGAGCAGGAGUGGCGUUUCCUUGCGAAGUACUACGCCGCCGACCCCGCCAUCACAAUCUGGCAAGAGGCAGGCCUUCAGCAUCCGUCCUCGAAUCCUCCGGUCUGCGAAGAGUGUCUCUCCGAAGAGAAGCGGAACUUCGAGGUCGGCGAGCUCAAGGUUCGCUCCUUGUCAGCGAGCGAUUUCGACGAGAACAACGAUCGCAAGAUUGAGCCUGAAGGAUCGCCCGAAGCCGAACGUCCUGCGCCAACAGGCUCCGUCAGGCAGUACGGUCAACGUGCGUCGACGCGCAUCAAGAACAAGUCGAACAACCCGCACUGGAGCAAGCCGCUCAAGGUGAUCAACAUGGGGAAGGACGACCAGGUCAAGGACCUGAAGCACAGAAUCGAAAUCGAGCUCAAGUACCCGAUCGUCACCCAGCGCCUCUUCUUCAAGGCGCAGGAGCUCGGCGACGCUUCGGCGACUGUCGAGGAGUUGGGCAUCCUCAACGGCGAUACGAUCGAGGUGUACGCCGUCGGCAUGGACGGCGACUACGACCCAAGCGCCUUCGAGGACAAGCCGUCGAAGCGCAAGGGCAAGCGCGCUCGCGAAGAAGGCUUCACCGGCACGGGCCUUUUCGGCUUCGAGGAGGAGGACGGCGGCGACGACGAUGGCUCGCGCAGCGGGGCCGACGGGUCGAGCGAGGGGGCGGAAGGAGGCGAAGUCGCGUCGAACGGGCGCGAGAAGCGGUCGAAGAAGGCGGCAUCGUCAACGCCAGUUGCGACGAACGGCGAUCUCGAGGACAUCGACAUGGAUGACACCAUCCCCUGUCCGUCGUGUACUUUCCUCAACAACGCGGCACUGUCGAGCUGCGAGAUGUGCGACUCAGAUCUCAAGGGUUGA